AUGGUUGAUCCUGUUACCACAUAUUCACUCUCCACUCCUUUGCGUCACAAGCAUCGGCUCACAGAAGACAGGUAUGUUAUUUUUGAAAAUUUAAUGAUACAUGAGUGUCAUGAAUUUCAUCAAAAUCACCUUGGCAACGAUUCAGACUGACACGUUAGCUGAGCUGUGCAUUUCAAAAAAAAUUACGAGUUCUUCUUAAAGCUGUCAUUUUCACUGAAAUUUUUUGCUCCGGAAAUUUUUCCUAUCUCUGUGACUUUGCUUUCAUUAAAUGUCUUGUCAACCAAUAAACUACCUCCACAACUGUUACGACCUCACUUCUCAGAUGGGUAUUUCUAGUUUCUCCCGUAUCUUGAGCAUUAGUUCUCCUAUUUUCUCCGAUGCCGGCGUGGAACAUCUAUAUAGCUUUCGUUUCCGUAAUUACACGCCCGCGCUUGUGGGUUGGGGCUUCCUUCCUUUUCUCAAAGCGCAUUUGAAUGAAAACGAGUCAAAAGGAGUGGCCAAAGUCCCACUUUCCUAUUCUUUUCCAUUUUUUUCAAUGUAUUCAUUCAUUUACUACUUUAAUCUUGAGUAAUUCAUUUUGAGAAUAUUUUUCAUCCAAAAACAAACAGGAAAAAACUUCGAGCCAUAUGAUUCCUUAAACAUAGCCAAUCAACAGAUGACCAUGCUUCAAUUACGUUUAUUUUCUACUAUGUAGUAUAUUUUCGUUUACUCAAAUGCAAAACAGAAAACACGCAUUCAUUAUACAUAAGACGUUUUGAUAGAGUCUUCAAUCCUUUUCUCGUGCUCUGUUAUUAUAUUCAAUUUGGUUAGAAUUAGAGUCUAGGCAACAAAUCAAUAUAAAAAGCAUAUUGAUACUUUUGGAGUUUUUUCAUAGUGCCUCAGAAAAAUUCUUUUUAGACAAUUUUGAUUGCUCCCUAUAAUUUGUUGAUGUUUUUUUCUUUUUUCUUAAUUCCGUUCUUUGACCGGAUAAGUCAUGUGGUUUUUUUCAAAAUAGAAGAUGAAUGGGGUUAGUAUGGUAGCUGAGAAGUUCUACGACGUUAUGGAUGAGGAUUAUCUCGAUAGAGAUGAAAAAAUAACGAAGAUGAUGGGCGUUACUGAUGAAACAAUUGUUAGUAGAAAACAGUCCGCCAGCGAUCUGCAAAGCCGUCUAAAAACAAGAAAGCUUCUUGGAGUUGGUGAACUGGCUGGUGACAAUGGAGAUGUUUACAAGUCCAAGGUUGGUUCAACAAAAAACAUACUAAGAUACCUAGCUUAAUUUAAACUUAAACUUUGUCGUUUGCGACAUCCCUUCGCAAAUAUUGCCUUGUUUGUUUCUGAUAUAGCGGUGGACGUGCUGAUUUCUGAGGGUCUUGGUUAAAUUCGAUUAAAGAAAUCGUGUUGUUUUUAAACCGCAGUCUUACAGAUAUCACAGUUACUCGGAAUCAACGAGUCUUUGUACGUUCGUCUUCCACGCGGAAUGUUUGUUUGGAACACUCUUAACUCACUUUAUUUUUUCCUAUUAGGAGGAUUAGUGAGUUUGUGGUAUGAUGUAGUGUUUUUUGACAAGGUAUUUGCAGUGUCUUUUCCUUCCACGUUAUGGAAUCUAUUUUGACCACGGAAUUGAAGAAAUUCCAAGCGGAGCUUUAGUAAUUUCCCGUUAUUACGGCGUUUUGCUAAUUUCUUUCGGCGUGUUGUUCAGGUUCUUGCAUUUAUUUUGUUUUUCAAAUAGGAUUUUCCCAGAUUCAUCUUGCAACAGCGCGAAACGCGAGCCGACAUCGCUCUUUUGCUUCUUGUCACAGCUAUGUACCAUAGUAUCAUCUUGAUAGGUGAGAAGAAACGCUUUCCAAUUUUGAAAAGAAAGUAACAAAAUGUGUCCUCUUUCAGUAGCAACUGCUUCAAAUGGGAAAGUUGCUUGGUGGUCAGCUACUAUCCGUUUGGGUAUUAUUCUUGGGAACGUUUUUUAUCACGCAUUCGUGGAUGGACAAGGUGUGCAGAUAACGAUUUUUGUUUUAUCAUCGGUUUUUUCUUGAGUCUGCAUAAGACACGGGGUUCCGAAGACUACGGAGCCAAACUAAUUCAAAUUUUCCCGUCUCACGGCAAUAUUCUUCCUAGUGACGCAACCGUAUUCCAAUAACUCAUUUAUUAACCGUAUUCUUUUCAGUCUAAAUAGGAACAUUCGCACGGCGUAAACCGCGUCGCUGCGCAACGCAUAUGAUAUCUAAAAAGCGCUUGCUCAGCCCGUUUUCUAACUCCCGUUUUGAAAAACGACUUGAAAAAACGCAGCAAGUUUUCUCUAGUUUCAAUUUUUUCAGGAGGUCUUCAUCGUCAACUUAUCCGCGUUAUUGAAGAUUCUUCGUUUCUGUCAGCGUCACCGAUUAUAGAAAAGAAAACUAGUGUCGGAGUGGCUGAGGAGUUUGUUGACAAACUGGAGACUUUUGGAAACGAGAAGAAAAACGAUUAA